AUGCCUGUGUUUCAUACCAAAACCAUCGAGAGCAUCUUGGAGCCAGUGGCCCAACAGGUCUCACGGUUGGUCAUACUGCACGAAGAAGCGGAAGAUGGCAACGCAAUGCCAGAUCUCGGCAAACCAGUGCAGGCGGUAUCACUGGCGGUGACGAACCUUGUGCGAGUCGGACGCGAAACCAUACAGAACUCCGACGACGACAUACUGAAGCAGGAUAUGCCAUCGUCCCUGACCCGUGUCGAAACAGCCGCACAGCUCCUGGAAGAAGCAUCGCUCAUGCUCCGUUCCGACCCAUUUUCCGGCCCGGCGAGAAAGAAGUUGAUUGAAGGUUCGCGCGGCAUUCUCCAGGGUACGUCCUCGCUGCUGCUCUGCUUCGAUGAAUCCGAGGUGCGUAAGAUCGUGCGUGAGUGUAAGCGCGUCCUCGACUAUUUGGCUGUAUCGGAGGUGAUCGAUUCGAUGGAGGAUCUGGUGCAAUUCCUGAAAGAUCUUUCGCCGUGUCUAAGCAAGGUGACACAUCAGGUGGGUGCGCGCGAGAAAGAGCUGACACAUCAGGUGCACAGCGAGAUCUUGGUGCGCUGUUUGGAACAGUUGAAGAUUCUCGCGCCGAUUCUGAUCUGCAGCAUGAAGGUGUACAUUCUGAUCGCGGAACAGAGUGGCAAGGGUUCGGAAGAAGCAGCGGAGAACAGGAAUUAUCUUGCGUCUCGCAUGAGCGAGGAACUGCAGGAAAUUAUCCGCGUGCUGCAGCUUACCACGUAUGAUGAGGAUCAGAGCGAGCUGGACAAUCUGACCGUGCUGAAGAAGAUCCACAACGCGAUCAACAACAAGCUAGAGGCGGCCAACGAAUGGUUGCGCAAUCCGUACGCGCUACGGGGCGGUGUUGGUGAGAAAGCUCUACGUCAGAUCGUGGAGAAUGGUCUGAAGGUGGCGGAUCGCUGUUUGCCACAGGAUUCGCACAUUCUGCGCAAGCUGGCCGGCGACAUAACGGCGAUGACAAACACGCUGUGUGAUUUGCGCCAGGAAGGUAAGGGAACGACACCGCACGCGGACAACAUCGCACGGGACAUCCGCGAUAAGCUAGGCAGCUUGGAGCAGUCGGUGUUAAACGCGAUCAUGGGAGUGGAUAAAGCUGGACUGCAGCAGACGGCACAUACGGUGCAGGGUCGGCUGGAGCAGGCCUGCCGUUGGUUGCAAAAUCCAACGCGCGAUGACAGAGGGUUGGGUGUGCGAGCGAUCGCGCUAAUCGUGGACGAAGGGCGUCGUGUGGCGGACGGGUUGGGUGGGCACCAGAAAGCGGAGAUGGCACAGCUGUGUGAUGAGGUUGAGCAGCUAGCGCAUGAUUUUUCGCAGAUGUGCGCAAACGGACUUGGACAUACGCCUCAAGCGCAGGAGCUCGCCCGUCGGCUGAACGAAAAGUUACACGGAUUGAAGAAACAGAUUCAGGACGCGGUGGUGAACCGGGUGGUGGAGGACUUUAUCGAUAUCUCGACGCCGCUGAAACAGUUCAUGGAGGCGGUUGCACAGCCCGAAGGAACACCCGGUCGAGAGCAAAACUUCAACCAGAAGUCAAACCGACUGCAAGCGUUCAGCAACCGUGCCUCAAAGACGAGCCGAAUGGUUGCAGCUGGCGGAUCUGGCGGUAACAAAAAGCUGGCGGAAGGGCUGCUUGCAUCGGCCAACCAGAUCGACAGCUUGACGCCACAGCUCGUAUCGGCCGGGCGAAUUCGUAUGAACUAUCCGACGAGCAAAGCAGCGGAGGAGCACUUGAAUAACCUGAAGCAGCAAUACGCUGACACGAUCCUGCGUAUGCGUACACUGUGCGAUCAGGCUACGGAUCCGGCCGAUUUCAUCGAGGCUUCCGAGAAGCAGAUGCAGAAACAUUCGUUCCUGUGCGAUGAUGCGAUUCGUACACGUCAGCCACAGAAAAUGGUUGACAAUACCUCGAGUGAGGCGCGUCUCGCCAAUCGUGUUCUGCUCGUGGCAAAACAGGAAGCGGACAAUUCUGAGGAUCCGGAAUACAUUGGUCGGUUGAAUGGUGCCUCGGAUCAACUGCAGGCUUCCAUUUCGCCGAUGGUACAGGAAGCGAAGAACGUUUCGACCAAUAUUAAUGACCCGGUGGCCGCCUCGAACUGGCGCGAAGCAAACCGCGCACUGCUGCAGAGUGUACGUAACGUUCGUGGCGCUGUCACACACGCGCCCACUGUACCGGAGAUGCCAGAUCUUUCCCAGCUGCACUUGGGAGUGGAAGCGGUACCGCCACCGCGACCGCCGCUACCACGCGAAAAUGUCCCACCAAUGAGACCACCACCACCAGUAGCGGAAACGGACGAUGAGGACGAUGUGUUCCAGGCGGGUAGCAUGCCGCACGCGAACCAACCCAUCCUGAUGGCUGCUCACGGUCUGCAUCAGGAGGUGCGCCAGUGGUCGUCGAAAGAUAACGAGAUCAUUGCAGCCGCCAAACGAAUGGCUGUGUUGAUGGCACGCCUGUCCGAGUUGGUGCGUGCCGAUUCGAAGGGAAGCAAACGGGAGCUGAUCGCAACUGCUAAGCAGAUCGCUGAAGCGUCGGAAGAUGUGACGCGUCUGGCGAAGCAGCUGGCCCGCCAGUGCACGGAUAAACGCAUCCGUACCAAUCUGCUGCAGGUGUGCGAACGCAUUCCGACCAUCGGCACGCAGCUUAAGAUUCUGUCCACCGUGAAGGCCACUAUGCUGGGUGCGCAAGGAUCGGAGGAAGAUCGCGAAGCAACGGAGAUGCUCGUUGGAAACGCGCAGAAUCUCAUGCAGAGCGUGAAAGAGACGGUCCGUGCAGCGGAAGGUGCCAGCAUUAAGAUCCGAUCGGAUCAAACCAACCAACGGCUACGCUGGGUACGUCGACAGCCCUGGUAUCAGUACUAA